GUCCACAUCACUGUUAGAGUCAUGUAGAAUGCGUCGUUACUCACGGACACGUGUUCCGAGAACAAUAUCUUUCCGAAAGUAAAUGACAGUAAAGUACAGCAAUAAAUAACGUAAAAUCGAGCCUAAUUGCAAUAAAAAAUGGACAGAAACCGUUAUUUUGACUUAUAACUGGGCGAUGAAAUCAUAUAACUCCACUAUCAACAGAAUGUGCCAUUGUUCGAGUAACAAUGAGCAAUGCCGUGACUCAAAAUAUUCCUAAAGUGUAUAAAUAAGGAGAGCUUCGAUAACGCGUAAUUAGUAGAUUGGUUUUACAGCGACCAACAUUGCUUUUCCGUCAAAAUGCGGAUAGCCUUCAUCUUCGGCUUAGCCUUCCUGGCAGUAUGUGCAAAACCGCCUGGAGAUGAAGGCGUAACUCCACCAGCUGCAGACGGACCAGGACCAUCACCACCUGCAGACAAACCAGAACCACCCCCAGCUACAGAUGGACCAGAGGCAGCAGCUUCACCAGCUGCAGUUGAGAGCACAUCUACAAAACCUCCAGACAAACCAGAAGCUUCACCAGCUGUCGAUGAGGAAGCAUCUCCUCCAUCUGCAGAUGAGGGAGCAUCUCCAGCAGCUACCAAUGGCGGAGCAUCGUCACCAUCUGCAGAUCAGGGAACAUCUUCACCUCCACCUGCUGCAGAUGAAAUAAGUUAUGAUGAGGAAGUAUCUCUACCAACAGAAGUACCAGCCUCGGAUAGGCUCGCACCUCCACCAGCUACAGAUCAACCAGGAUCUACGUUAGCUGCGGAUGGGGGAGCAUCUUCAGUAACUGUAGACGAGGCAACAUCUUCACCAGCUGCAGAUGGGGCAGCAUCUUCGCCAGCUGCAGAUGGGGCAGCAUCUUCACCAACUGUAGAUGAGGCAGCAUCUUCACCAGCUGCAGAUGAGGCAAAACCUGCACCUGCUUCAAAUAAGGGAGCAUCUUUAACGGCUGCUGAUAAAUCAGAACCAGCAGCUAAUGAAAAAGGAUCCAUCCGAAGAAAGCGAGGUAAGCUCCUGAUUUAAGACUGAACAGCACUCAUGGAUAAGGCGCUUCCAUUUUUACAUGUGUUAACUAUCAUUUACUUAUCACUGCAAUAAACAUUUAAGUAUGCACUUGGUAUUAUUUCACGGCUUGAAAACCUCCCUAAAGUAUACUAUACUAUACAAUUCUAAUACUGUAUGAUGUGAAAAUCAGUAUAAUUGACAGCACUGGUUCAGCGACCUGCUAAGGCUGUGAUAGGGCCUGGUCAAGUGAACAAAAAUGUCAAAUAUCGGCAUUUUCACUGACUGCGAUGUUUGAAUUGUGUAGUAUUAGUGGUAACAAACCCUAUAAGUCGAACAUUCUGCUUGAAUCAGAAAUUCAGAAUUGGUGGGUAUCACACACGCACUCAUGAAUUCUGUGCACAGCAUGCAGCGGAAGUUAGCGUUAUUAGUUUCUCAGAAGAUGCUUCAUUUAUACAAACAUGAUGAUCUACUUCUUGACAGAUCGACACACAAUAAUCGACGUGUUGAAAAAUCUGUCAAAAAUUAAUAAAACAAAAUAUCGGAAAUGAGUGAAAAUUAUUUCCUGAUUUAAGUUUAAUACCUUGUUGGACAUGGAAACAGAACUUUGCUUACAUUAUCUUUUUCAUGAGAGAUUAUUAAAUUUCAGGACGAACACGGCUUAUCUGAUAGAACAGCUAAAACUAGAAUGAGAGUCAAUCCUAGAAACCUAUGCAAGAAACGAUCUUCUCGUAUUUGUCUUACAAGCUUACUUAUUGAGAGACAAUAAAAGGGAAAAGAAUUGCUUGGUGUCUCUAACGGAAUACGCUAAUUAUAACAACAUAACCUUCUGCAAUCUUUAUGGGGAUUUCGCUGACGUUUGGCCAUGCUUUGUAGGCUCACUGCUUUGUGAUUGGUCAAUAUCAUCCUAAUGUUCCGCGCCUAAGUGCGGUUCUUGAAUUGACUAAGGUUGGUUAAAGCCUCUUCUUGGAUGUACGAAGUUCGACACGGUUAGGAUGGGACGCCAAAGUCAGGCGGUCUCUCCUUAGAGGAAGGCUAGAUAAUAUAUAGUUUGGUUGUAGAUGACCACAUUGUUUACUUUGCCAGCAUCGCUUUGCUAAUUUUUUAUAAUUUUGUUUUCUGUACACUCAACUGUAGACCAUUGUUGUUCAACCACUAAAAUAAAUUUUCUGUUCAAAG